GUAGAUAACCAUUGGCGCGUGACGUCACACCAUUUAUUCGUUAAACUGUUUUAACCUCAAAGCGUAAAUAAAAUGUUUACUUCUGAAAACAGCGAAAGUUUCUUUGAAAAGUGUGUGUUUUAGUUGAAAUUUAAUCUAAAGAUUGUUUUGGUGUUGAUUUGUGGUACAGUUAUCAUUCGUCACACGCCAUGGAACCUUACAACAAAUUAUAUCUUGCCAAAAAUUUGGAUUCAUUGGAUCUUCUUGCGAAGAAAGACUGCGGUGAUCUCAAACAUGUUAAAAUUAAUGCAAUAUAUAACUCCUUGAACACGCUGUAUAAGCAAAGUCAGCUAGACGUCCUCGACCAAGAAAAGACCUACAUCUUGCUGGCGAGAUACUUGGACGUUUACAGCUUUCUGUGGAACACCGAGUCCGAUAAAAAGUUCCUCCAGUUACGAUUCGGCUCGGAGUAUGAAAAGGUCUUGCUGCAUUACGAGAAGACCAAGAAGAGUCUCGAGGAGCGGUACGCCUUACUGGCCAACGACAGCCCCGCAACCCCUCAACCUGAAGAGACCCAGCCGCAGGUUGCGGCCAAGCCUAGCCAAGUUUUCGACAGUGAAUUUAUAUCUUGCCAACAAUUAUACAGUGCCUUACAGAAGAACUACAAGUUCUUGCUUGUUGAUGCUCGUCCAGUGAGCGAUUUCGACGAGUCGCGCAUCAACCACCCCGAUUGCAUCAACAUCCCUGACGAAAUAAUCGCAGCUGGUUUGUCAGCUAACGUUUUGGGGAAACUGUUGCCGGACGCCACCCGCGAGAAGUGGGAGAUGAGGGACAAAUACGACGUGAUCGUUUUGUUCGACUGGAACACGUCUUCUGAUAAUUUUGCUGUGACGAAGUUGAACAAGUUGCAUUUGUCUCUAGUCAAAUGGGAUUUGAACCGCAACUAUCGGGAACGUCCCGUGAUUCUGAAAGGGGGCUAUCUCGAGCUGCUCCAAACCUACCCCACCUUGUGCAUAAACCCGCAGGUUUAUCUGUACCAGAAGAACAAUGAAUUGGACGAACUGCUCGAGCUUGACGACAUCACGUACCCCACUGAGACUGACAAUAAGACAUAUGUCAUGGGGGCCCCCGGCGACAGCUUGAGCGACGACACUUCCGGCGAUCAAGCUGCGUCGGGGGAAAGAGAAUACGUGUACACAAGACGCGACAUCCUGAACCAGCUACAACAUGAACGAAAUGAGCUGAAAAAAAUCGCAGAGCAGUGCGAUAGAGAGACCAAUAUUAAACAUAUCGCAGAACUGAAACAACGUGAUGCGGAGAUUCAGGAAGAGAUCGUGCGUCUGGAGAGCUUGCUCGGCGAUUAUGAUAAGAACAUGAUCCUUGAUUUGGGUGAUGAGUCAACCGAGGAAAGCUCUGAUACUCUGAAGGAUAUUAUUGACGAAGAGCGGGACCGGGAGCUGCAGAAAGCCCGAGCCUUGAAGCCCAAAAAUCAGGGGCCAGAAGGCGCCAAAGACGCCAGUACCGAGGUUCCGGAAUUGGACAAACCCCAGAUCAAUCGCUCGACUAAACCAUCCCCAAGGCCCUGUCCGAUGGUCGAGGAGGUGGAAAUUACGCCAGGCUUGGUGGGCUUGCGUAAUAUCCGAAAUACGUGUUAUCUGAACACCAUCAUCCACUGUUUCCGCAACGUACCUGACAUCAGAGAUCUGUUCUGCAAAGGCAUUUACACCAAAUUUUGUAUUCGCAAUCCGGCGGCAAUAAUCCACGAGACCGCCAAUUUGGUGCGCCAGUUGUGGUCCAGACCAGUGAGAUCAAUCGAUCCGAUGGAGUUUUACACCAAAAUCGGGGAAUUAGAGCCCACUUAUUCGCUGGGACAUCACGAAGACUGCAUGGAGUUUUUGCUCUUUUUGCUAAACCACUUGUGCGAGGAUUGCCGCUAUGAUGUGUCUCUGCCGGCGGUUCUGACGCCGCGGCAGAAGGCUUGGUACAACCAGUUCGAGGGGAAGAACUCGAUUUUCAUCGACUACUUCUACCACCAAAUUAGAAUAACCCAGCACUGCCGACAGUGCGACCAAAAAACCUUCAAAUUUGAGAUUGAGAGCACGUUCAUGCUGCCAGUCCCUGAGGAAGACUUCACUCUGGACGAACUGAUGAGCGAUUACAUGGCGGACUUCAUCAUAACGGAGUAUUGUUGCUCCAAGUGCAAGAAGCCGGUGAACAACCAGAAGGAGAUUAUUUACGAACCGAAGAUCAUGGUGAUUGUCCUCAAAAGGUACAGACAAGCUCUCGUUAACGGCCAAGUGCUGCUCAAAAAAAUCGAAUCUCGGGCCCACUUCAAAAAACGCGACUUCCGGCUGGGCAAGAGCCGGUAUGAACUGAACGCGUUUGCCAUGCAUUCGGGGAACAUGAAUUUUGGUCACUACACUGCUGCAGCUUUGACUUCCAAGGGGUGGUACGAAUUCAAUGACGAAAACGUUAGGGCAAUCAACAUCAACGACGAUUCCGUCAAAUCGAAGGCUUGUGUUUUCUUCUAUUCGAGGAGUGAUGACUAAUACGUUAGAUUUGUGAUAUUAUUAAAAUGUUAGCUUAAAAUUGUACAAAUGUACAGUUUAAUAAGUGCUCUUUUCAUUAAAGUUUAUGGAAGUUAUCAUUUUGAAAUUUUAAGGGGCUUCUCUGAUUUUGUUCAGUUUGAGAAGACUAUUGUAUUUAAGCGUUGCUAUGCAUUUUCUAUUUGUAUUUGUGUACUUGUGAAGUGCCUUACGGAAGUUACCCCAUGUUUCAGUAUUCGUUAUUCCAUUUCUUCCGUAGGUCACUAUUUUGGUCUGAUGUUGCAUCCAAGUGCAAUCUCUUUGUAACAGACUGACAGUUCGUUAAUAAAGUUUUAUGAGUUCUUAA